UUGCCUACUUCGCUGCUGAACCAUGUCGAUGAGCCCCAAGCAUACUACGCCCUUCUCAGUUUCAGAUAUUUUGAGCCCCAUCGAGGAGAGCUACAAGAAAGUUGGCAUGGACGCAGCGGGUAACCUCGGAGCUCACUUGACAACUUACCGGCAGCCACAGGUCUCCCAGCCGGGAAUGCAACAGCAUUCGAUCGGACAUAAUACGUCGGUACCUGCGGCGACCUACCACAUGUCACACGGGGUCCCCCAGCUUUCACAUGCUGCUAUGGGAGGCUACUGCAACAGCAACAUUGGCAACAUGGGCGAUCUUCCUGCUUACCAAGAUACCAUGAGGAACAGUGCAAGCGCGACAGGCUGGUACGGGACGAAUCCGGACCCACGCUUUUCAUCCAUUUCCCGCUUCAUGGCCCCGUCUUCAGGAAUGAACAUGGGCGGAAUGGGGGCUCUGGGUUCUCUUGGAGACGUUGGCAAACCCAUGGCUCCUCUCCAGAGUACACCUAGGAGAAAACGCAGAGUGCUUUUCUCUCAAGCCCAGGUCUAUGAGUUAGAGAGGCGCUUCAAACAGCAGAAAUACCUCUCAGCCCCUGAAAGGGAACAUUUGGCCAGUAUGAUCCAUCUCACGCCCACUCAGGUGAAGAUCUGGUUCCAGAACCACCGCUAUAAGAUGAAGCGGCAAGCGAAAGACAAAGCAGCUCAGCAGCACAUGCAGCAGGACAGCAGCACUUGCCAACAGCAGCAACAGUCUCCGAGAAGAGUAGCCGUACCUGUCCUGGUUAAAGAUGGUAAACCAUGCCAAGGAGGUGCCAGUGCCCCAACCUCGACCAUGCAGACUCAGCAACAGCAAUCUACGAAUACGGCAAUCACUGUGGCUACCAAUGGCGCAGCUCACGGCCCGAGUCACCCAGCAAAUAGCGCAGGUCAGACAUCGGAAUUAGGACAAACCUCAGGAAGUCCUUCUUCUAUCCAAAGCCACGUCACUAGUUUGUCUCACCUAAACUCUUCUAGUUCUGAUUAUGGUACAGCCAUGUCAUGCUCUACUUUAUUGUAUGGUAGGACGUGGUGAAUGAUUCACUUUGCUUGUGUUUCAAUACCAUGCUCUAUUGAUUCAUAUCUGCUGUAUUUUGGUAGAGUGUUCUGGGUACUAAUUUGCGUACAUAUGAAUCAAUAUAGGAGGCUCCCGCUGAAUUAUAGCAAAUCCCUGUAAACUUAUUUUGUUUUGUAGACUUGAAAUGCACAUAUUUCUGGCAUAUAUCACUGGAAAGAAAAGACUUCUCCAUAUGCAGAUAUAGACUGAAGUUUACAGGAUACAGAUCUGUCACUAUGUAAGAUCUGUAAAUGUGACGUUUAUCUGUUGGACGGUAUAGAAUGAAGCGUUCGAAAUAUAAAAGUGUUAACAAAGAUGUGACACCCAUUAAUAUUCUUUCCUCGGAAAGAUAAGAAAUACGAUAGGUUUAUUUAACACGACUUGGAAUUUUCUUAGUUUUUACUAUAAAACUUAGGUGUAUAUUUCUGUAAAAUGCACACGUCUGGGCCGAAUUUAGAGUUUUUAGCAAUUUGUAUAUGCUGUGAAAAAAUGUUUUCAUGAUGGACUGAGCGUGUACAGUAUUUGAUAGUUGUUCGUUA